AUGGCAGUCGAUAUUCCACGUUCAGUGAUCCAGAAAUUGAUGCUUUUUACAGCAGCCAUGGUAGUCCUACCAUUGGUUACUUUCUUUACCGUGCAACAAUUCACACCAAAUACUUUAAUCAGUGGUGGUUUGGCCGCUCUUAUGGCCAAUGUGGUGCUCAUUGGGUACAUUGUAGUGGCAUUUACAGAGAAUCCAGAAGACUACAAUGACGAAAAGGGAGAUAAGAAAGAAUGA